AUGUAUUCAGGUAAUCCCCCGCCCCCCCAGUACCAUCCCCUCCCCCCGCCCAGCCCCACCUCCUCCAUUCGCCCCGCCAGCAGGUCCAGCAACCGCGAGCACGUCAGGGCUGCCUUUGCACAGGGACCCGCGUCCCAGUGGAGAGACAGCGGCUCGUCCACGCACACGCGCAAUCCGUAUGACGUGCACGGCAGGAGCUCUUCCAUCUCACAAAAAUUCUCCUUGCCCCCAGAUCCCUCCUCCUGGGGCGGUCGCCUUCGCUACACCGAUGAUCCAGAACCCGACGACCACCUGCACAAUCCCGAUCCAAAACGCGACAGAAAGAGCGACAGGGGCGGCACAAUAUGCACCUGUCGUGGUAUCGCAAACCUCGGCUGCCUCCUCAUACUCGCCGCAGGCAUAUUGAUGCUUUUUGCUGGCUACCCGAUCAUGCAGCAUUUUAUGAAGCGUCCACAAUCGACUCAGGGCGCGUUCAACGUCGGGGGGACAAACGGCACCGGCCAGGUCCCCAGCAUUCCUGGCAACUGGGGCCUCAUCGACAUCGAGACCCCCGACUACGCCAAGACACGCGUCUCGUUCACGAACCCGGCCGACACCCUCCAGCUCGUCUUCUCCGACGAGUUCAACACCGACGGCCGCACGUUCUACCCGGGCGACGACCCGUACUGGGAGGCCGUCGACCUCCACUACUGGCAGACCGGCAACAUGGAGUGGUACGACCCCGCCGCGGUCACGACCAAGGACGGCUCGCUCCAGAUCACGCUGUCCAAGAAAGAGACGCACGGGAUGGAUUACCAGGGCGGGAUGGUCUCGACCUGGAACAAGUUUUGCUUCACGGGUGGGUUGGUCGAGGCGAGCGUCGUCUUGCCCGGCGCGUCGAACGUCGUCGGGCUCUGGCCCGCCGUGUGGACGAUGGGCAAUCUCGGCCGCGCAGGCUUUGGCGGGUCCUUGGACGGCAUGUGGCCAUACACCUACGACUCGUGCGACGUCGGCACGGUCAAGAACCAGACCCUCAACGGCAAGCCGCUCGCCGCGACCGAGAAGGGCGACAAGUCACACGGCGGCGUGCUCUCGUACCUCCCCGGCCAGCGCCUCUCGCGCUGCACAUGCCCUGGGGAGGUGCACCCCGGCCCGACGCAUCAGGACGGCACCUUCGUCGGGCGGUCGGCGCCCGAGAUUGACGUGUUCGAGGCGCAGGUGUCCGGUAUCAUAGGCUUUGUCUCGCAGUCUGCGCAGUUCGCACCGUUCAACGCAGAAUACACGUGGUUCAAUACGACCGACAACUUGCUCAUCCCCGACUCGAGCCUGACGACGCUCAACUCGUACAAGGGCGGCGUGUACCAGCAGGCCGUUUCUUCGGUCACCACCACAAACCCGGACUGUUACGAGCUCGGCACUGGGUGUUCGUCUGUGUACGGGAUCGAGUACAAACCAGGGUUCGACGAUGCAUACAUCACUUGGAUCUCGGACAACAAGACCGCGUGGACGCUCGAGUCCGCCGGUAUGGCCGCCGAUAACCGCACCGAGAUCGGCGCGCGCCCGAUCCCGCAGGAGCCUCUGUACGUGCUCGUGAACCUCGGGAUGUCGACCGCGUUCGGGUAUGUCGACCUCGACCACCUGACGUUCCCGUCGACUAUGAAGGUCGACUAUAUUCGCGUGUACCAAAAGCCGGACGCGAUCAACGUUGGGUGCGACCCGGAGGACUUCCCGACGCAGGCGUAUAUCAAUCAGUUCAUCGACGCAUAUACAAAUCCGAACUACACGACGUGGACGGAUGAUUUCGGCCAGCCGGUCCCGAAGAGCUCGUUCUUGGGCCAAUGCUGA